AGCUGAGCGUAGCAAAAAUAGGAAAUGGGUGCAUUUUCUUUUCUCGAUGUUUUCGGCCCUUUUGUGGCCUCUUCGCUGCUGUUUGCACAGAGAGUGUCAGCUAGUAGCGAUUAUGGAUAUAGCCCACAUGGGGCUGCAGCAGGAAAUGGCCAUGUCAAGGCCUCCAUAGGCGCCAUCGUAGACUUGAGCUCCCGCAUCGGUAAAGAGCAGAAAGUGGCAAUAGAAAUGGCUGUUGCAGACUAUUACGACAGCCAGCGCUUGGCUUUGCACAUAAGAGACUCUCAUGGCCAACCUGUCCAGGCUGCUCUUGCUGCUAUAGACCUAAAACAGCAUGUUCAAGUCAUCCUUGGACCAGGGACGUGGGAAGAAGCCUCGCUAGUUGCUGAGAUUGGCAGCAAAGCUUAUGUCCCUAUUCUCUCUUUCGCCGAUGCUUCUCCGAGGUGGGCAACGAAGAGAUGGCCCUUCUAUGUUCAGGCGUCACCGAACCAAGACGAGCAAAUGACCGGUGUGGCUGCAAUGGUUCAAUCUUGGAGAUGGCAUCAAGUCACCGUCUUAUACGAGGACAAUGAAUCUGCUGCCUUCCAAGUCAUCCCCCAUCUCUCCAAUGCCCUACGUGAAGUAGGUGUCAAGAUAAGCCAUCUUCUAGCCCUCCCCCCUUUCGCUUCUUCUUUGUUGUCCAAAGAGCUUGAGAGGCUUAAGAGCGAACUCUGUAGGGUCUUUGUGGUUCAUUUGUCUCCACCCCUGGCCGAGCGCCUUUUCGAUGAAGCCAUGAAAAUGGAGAUGAUGGGAGAAGGUUAUGUGUGGAUUACUACAAGUACCGCCACAAGUCUCAUUCAUUCUUUUGGUGCUAACACCAUUUCCUCAAUGCAGGGUGUUGUAGGCAUCAAGAGUUACUACUCCGAAACUAUGCCUCGUUAUAAGAACUUCCAUUCUCAAUUCUCUGAAAAAUUUAGCUUAGAAAAUCCUGAAGAAGAAAACAACGAGCCUAGCAUUUUUGCCCUGCAAGCAUAUGAUGUGGCGCUGACAGCAACCCUCGCAAUGGGGGAAGCAGGCAACAUGAGCGGCCAACAGUUGCUAGAAAACAUUUUGGCAAGUGAUUUUCAAGGCUUAACCGGAAGGAUCCAAUAUAGGAACCAGGAAGUGACUGCAACAAAUAAAUUCCAAAUUGUCAAUGUCAUCAAGGAAAGAAAAGUGUAUAGGAAACUUGGGUUUUGGACAUACAAAUUAGGUUUUUCAAAAGUUGUAGAUGAUGAUGACGAUGAGAAUAUAGUUGUUUACAAUACUUCUGUGGAGAGUUUAGAGCAAGUGUUUUGGCCGGGGGGUCAAUCUAGGCAAGUCCCAAGAGGAUGGAAUCCUCCAAUUACCCCAUUAAGAAUUGGUGUGCCUACACACAGCAUAUUCACGCAAUAUCUCAAUGUGAAAGUUAAUGACUCUAAUAAUACUAUUUCUUCCAGUGGUGGUCUUCCUAUUGAGCUCUUCAAAGCAGUCGUAAAGGACUUGCCGUAUAACUUAUCAUAUAAGUUCACCCCAUUCAAUGGAACGUACGAUGAGCUUGUCGAGCAAAUUCAUUUAAAGAAUUUCAAUGCCGUAGUUGGUGAUGUUGCGAUAGUAGCACAACGGUACCAGCACGCAGAAUUCACACACCCUUUUACCGAAUCAGAACUGGUGAUGAUCACCCCGGUUCGUUCGAAGACCUCAAAUCAGGCAUUGCUAUUCAUGAAGCCUUUCACGAAGGCCAUGUGGAUUCUAAUAGCUGUUAUAACUAUUUAUAAUGGCUUUGUUGUGUGGUUGAUAGAGAGAAAUCACCACCUAGAACUUAAAGGAUCUAUGGUGAAUCAAGUAGGAACCUUGCUUUGGCUAGCCUUCACCACACUCUUCUCUUUACAAGGGGAGAAACUACACAGCAAUUUAUCAAGGAUAGCGACGGUAGUGUGGCUGUUUGUGGCACUAGUCAUCACCCAGUGUUACACAGCCAGCCUCACCAGCAUGCUCACUGUUCAACAACUGGAACCAACCACCGCAGAUGUUGAGCUGCUAAAGAAUACCAAUGCAAAUAUUGGGUACUGCAAGGGAUCAUUUGUUGAAAAAUACUUGAAGGAUGUCUUACACUUUCCCCAUAUGAAAUUAAAAAAAUUUACCUCGCCCGAAGAGUAUGCUCAAGCGCUUGAAAGCAGAGAGAUAGCGGCAGCAUUCAUGGAAGCCCCAUUGGCAAAACUGUUCCUUGCCAAAUACUGCAAGAGCUUUGCUCUAGCUGGUCCAACUUACAAAGUGGGAGGAUUUGGUUUUGCAUUUUCGAAGGGAUCUCCGCUGGUUGCAGACAUGUCCCAAGCUCUUCUGAACUUUUCUGAAAGUGGAAAGCUGCGAGAACUGGAGCACAACGUUACUGGAUCCCAAGAGUGCGUCAACAGCACAAACUCAUGCAUGGAUAAUGAAAAUUGUAGUAGGCUAAGCCCCAGCAGCUUCUGGGUACUUUUUGUAAUGACAGGAGGAACUUCCACACUUGCUCUUGUCAUCUACGCGAUUCAUCACCGCAGGAAAUUGAUCCACAAUUUCAUGCUUCGCGAUGAUCAACACAAUCCCAUUUGGGCUUCGGUAUUAUUGAAAUGGUGGCGGCAGCUAAUUAAAAAGAGAUCAUUCUCUCGGAAAGAUAGCAAUGAUGUUGAAGCUCACCAUGUAAGCUCUGCAGAUCAUCUUGACGUUCAAAGCCAAGGCCUAGAAGAGAGAAGCAUUCCUUAACUAAUUUUCAGUAAGGAUGGAGAUGGUUAUAUAUAUAUAUAUAUUAUGCAUGUUUAUCAUAGAUGUUUAAUUAUUAUCAGAAACGUUUGUAUGAUGUUUGGUGUUGGUUCAUAGACCACACAAUAUGGAAAAUGUUUUAUUAUUUGACAAA